AUGGAAAAAAAGGAAGGAACAACAAUGAAAAGUUUUAAAGAAAAUUGUUACACAUCAAGAUUAUGGAAAUGUUUUCUUGGAGUUUAUUAUUUAUCAGUCGAUGAAUACACUGGAUAUUUAAGAAAAGGAAAAUCUUGUGUUUAUGAUAAGAUUAGGGAUGACACUUUUAGAACUUUGGCUACUGAUCAAAGGUUUCUGACAAAAGUUAAUGAAGAAAUGUUAAUUCAAAUCACAUAUGUUCAAGGAAUGAAUGUAUUAGCAGCACCUUUCUUAUUUGUGAUGCCAGAAUUAGAUGCAUUUUAUUCAUUUUCAGCGUUUAUUCAACAUUUUUGUCCAUUAUAUGUCACACCUAAUUUAGAAGGAGAAAACGUAGAGUUGAAUCAACGACGAGUAAGAUUUAGUAGAGAAAAUAGUCAUCGCCGUCGUCAAUCAACAACAACAGCGAGUUAUCAGUUGAAUGAACAAAGCUUUUUUCGCUCGGCUAGUAGAAAUAGAACAUUGAAAAUGGUGUUGUUGACACAGUGUAUAGCAGGAUUACAAUUUACUUGGGCUGUAGAAUUGUCAUAUGGGACACCAUAUCUGCUUUCAAUUGGACUUUCUAAAUCACUUAUGUCUUUAGUAUGGGUUGCAGGUCCACUUUCAGGAUUAUUGAUGCAACCUAUAGUUGGAGCGCUUUCUGAUAAUUCAACAUCAAGAUUUGGUAGGAGGCGACCAUUUAUGGUGAUUGGGAGUCUUAUAGUGGCGAUAGCAUUAAUGUUUAUUGGCUGGACACAAGAAAUUGUUUACAGUCUUGUUGAUGAAGAAUCACCUACAUCACUAACAUUAAAGAAAAUUUUGGCGGUAUUUUCUUUUUAUCUUUUAGAUUUUGCUAUUAAUGCGAUUCAAGCCAGUUGUCGAGCACUUAUUGUUGAUAGUUUAUCCACUUCGCAACAAGAAGAGGGUACAGCAUGGGCAGGAAGAAUGAUUGGAAUUGGUGGUGUUGCAGGCUAUUUCAUGGGAUUUAUUGAUUUACCAGCAGUAUUCCCAUUUCUUGGCGGAACACAAUUACAAGUUUUGUGUGCACUAGCAUCAAUAAUUCUAUUGAGUUCUAUCGGAAUAACUUGUUGGACUAUUAGCGAAAAGGUUCUUCAAAGAAGUAUGGGUGUCAGAAAAGAUAAGUUGGGGGAUUCUACAAGAAUUGGAUCGCUUACUUUAUUGAUUUAUUCAAUUGUCAGUAUGAUGGCUUCCGUUGUACUACCAUUCCUGGUAAAUCCAUCAGACUCAUCAUCGUCAACAACAGCAUUAUCAAAUUCUUCCGCAACCAUAACAUCAAAAAUAUUUAGAUUGCCAAUUCCAUGGCUCACUUUGCCAAGACUAUGGACGAUAUCACAUUUUAUAUUUGGAGGUAGCAUGUUAUUAACGUUGUUCGUCACAGAAGUUUAUCAAGCAGAUUUUCUAUUUAGUUUAGUUGGAAUAUCAUGGGCAGUUUCCAUGUGGGCACCAUUUUCCAUAUUAGGGGAGGUCAUAUCAAUGGUGCCACAAUUUCUAGUGACAUUUAUUAGUAGUGUAAUAUUUGCAAUAUUAGAAUCAAAUAAUAAUGACGGUGGAGGAAGAAGUGAUAGCAUUGGAUUUAUGUUAAGAUUUGGAGGAAUUAUGGCAAUAUUUGCAGGAUUCCUCAGUAUUAGAUUGUGGAAAUAA